CUCGGGAAUAUUAUGGGUCAAUCAGUUAGUGUUAUUCCAAACGUUGCUGCUUCGGCAGUCGAUGCUUCAAAAAAUGCGACGAAGGAAAAACCCAAGUGCAAGGCUUGCUGUGCUUGCCCAGAAACGAAAAAAGCACGCGAUGCUUGCAUUAUGGACCAUGGGGAGGAAAAAUGUGGUGAACUGAUCGAGAAACAUAAACAGUGCAUGCGAGACAUGGGCUUCAAUAUUUAAUCCUUCAUGUGAGCUUAACUAGAAUAACAGUUGCAUUGCAGAUGACAACAAAAUGGUCAUUUGUUCUUUGUGUGGAAACACACACAAAGGAAAAUAUGUAAAUUUGUAUGCACAUUAAUUAAUGCCAUUGAAAAUAAUAUAAUUCAGUAAUUAAUUAUUUA